AUGAUAGGACUUGUUAUGGGCGAGAGGGGUUUGAUGUCAAGGAUCCUUGCUGCAAAAUUUGGGGGAUUUCUCACUUUUGGAGUUUGGCUCACUUGAGGUGGCAGUUUUAUCAGCCCCGGGCAGCCAACCGUGAAGGAAUUGUUGGAUUUAUACAAUAUGAGGCAUACUGGACCUGAUACCAAAGUACAUGGGGUUAUUGGAAAUCCUAUUAGUCACAGCAAAAGUUCUCAUCUUUACAACACAGCAUUUAGAUCCACCGGUUUUAAUGGAAUAUAUCUACCUUUAUUGGCUGAUGAUGUCUCAAAAUUUAUCACCACUUAUUCAUCCCCUGAUUUUGCUGGAAUAGUGGAAAAUCUUAUUUGCAACAUGUUUUUGGCAGGUCAUUUAUGUGUAUGAUACAUAAAAGAAUAAAACAGGCGAAUUUUAAUUGAAAUUUAUUUAGCUAAGAGUUCUUAAGUUCCUUGCUUGGAAGGGUCUGAACUUGGUCAGGAAAGGAAAA